UCGGUGUGUGAGGUUUUUCACUCUUCGUCUCUGGCUGCUUGGAUCUAAGACGUACCGUUCCAUCUGUCUUCCACUUUUCACCCAUUUUCGGAAGCGAGUAAUACAGGGUAUCAACAUGGCCAACCUGAACAAGAAGAAUUAUGAUACCGACGAAGAUUACCCUAUCAUGGAAGGGAACCGAACCUUCAUGGCAAAGAAUCUCACCAAGGAGCUGUAUAGGAAAUUGAGAGACGAGCAUACCUCAAGUGGAUUCACUAUUGAUAACUGUAUCCAGAACGGUGUUGAUAAUCCGGAUUUUACUCUUGGUAUCCUGGCUGGGGACGAAGAGACCUAUACCAAGUUUGCUGAACUGUUGGACCCUUGUAUUUCUGACUACCACAAUGGAUUCUCAAAGGAUCAGAACCACGUAACCGAUCUGGAUGUGAGCAAGAUCAAGGAUGACGUCUUAGACGAGAACUUUGUCAUUAGUUCCAGGAUCCGUACUGGUCGUAACCUUAGAGGGUUCUGUCUCAGCCCCUGGAUCUGCCGCUCCGAAAGAAGAAAGGUGGAGAAGCUUGUGUCUUCCGCUUUGGGAUCCCUUACCGGAGACCUGAAGGGAAAGUACUAUGCUUUACCUUCUCUGUCUGAAGCCGACCAGAAACAGCUCAUUGAUGACCAUUUCCUUUUUGAAAAACCAAUCUCCCGCCAUUUCACAUCUGGUGGUAUGGCACGUGACUUCCCCGACGGCCGUGGAAUAUGGCACAAUGAGCAGAAGAAUUUCCUUGUGUGGGUUGGUGAAGAAGAUCAUACCAGAAUCAUCUCCAUGGAGAAAGGAGGAGAUAUGAAGAAGGUCUUCACUCGAUGGGCUGAUGGUCUCAAGAAGGUUGAGGACUACAUCAAGCAGAAUGGUUCCGAGUUCAUGUGGAAUGAGCAUCUUGGUUUCAUUCUUACCUGUCCAAGCAAUCUUGGUACCGGUGUCCGCUGCAGUGUGCACGUUAAAAUCCCGCUGUUGGCCGCCAUUGACAAGGAAGCCAAGCUCAAGGAGAUCUGCAAGAAACUAAGACUCCAGGAACGUGGAACGUCUGGAGAGUUGACCGAAGCUGUUGGAGGUGUAUACGAUGUCUCUAACCUUGAUCGUUUGGGUUCAUCUGAAGUAGAACAAGUCAACCGCGUCAUCGACGGAGUCAAGCUCAUCAUCGAGAUGGAGAAACGCCUUCAGAAAGGCGAAUCAAUCGACGAUCUCAUUCCACAAUAAAUUCCUACCAGACAAACACUUAAAAAGCUAUUCAACCAAAUAUUUUGCACCAGCAUAUAAUUGCCUUAAUCCUGUUAAUUCGCCGUUUUGUAAAGUUGUUUAGCAUUCGUAACAUCAAUGUCGAUAAGCAAACCAAUAUCGUUUAAGGUGACGAUUUUGCAAACACCUUUAUCAAUAGACAUGAUUGAUAGGAAAUUAAAAAAAACUUUGUUGUCAUUGACAUGGUGUUGGUAUUAUCAUAGUCCGUGAAACUUCCAAAUGAUGAGAAAAUGACUUUCAUUUUUUCAAAUGAAUUAUAUUUCAGAAAUUCGUUAUUUCUUUCUCUUUUAUGAAAUCAUUCUGGCAGUAAAAUACUAGUUGUUGUUUUAUUUUCCAAUGAUUUAUACUAUAUAUAGAGAGCACAGUAAUAUAUAGCACUUUCAGUGGAUCAGAAAACAGGGCAGUCUGCGCACAAAAUACCAAGCAAAAAUCAUGAAAAAGAAAAAAAAAACGUUUUGAAGAGAGAAAAAAAACACAUGUUCAUUACGGAACCUUUUUUCGUUUCAUCAUGGUUUCACUCAAGGGAUUCUGCCCAAUAUAUUUGACAUUCGAAAUGUUGGUGUUAACUUACAGGCGCUGAGUUACGAAGGGCAGGGGCGACCACCUUUGUCUUUUUUUCUUCUUCACGUGAUGGAUGAAGAAACAAGGAGGACGGAAAAGAAGGAAAGAGAAAGAAGAAUGGAUGAACUGGAAAAGAAAUGAAAUGCUCAUAUAACUUUCCAAAGCCCAAAUUUUUUCUUUAAAAAUCAAAUUAAACCUACUGUUUGGUUCAUUUUACCCUUCUUAUAUGGGUGCCGUCUCUGUUCUUUUUCAAAUUCACUUUCAACUCGGUUUAUAUUUCUUCGUCAUUGCAUCAAAUGGAUUCUUUGAUAUUUUGAAAAAAAGGUUCAAUGCUGGUAUCAUUUUUGAACUAAGUGUGUUUGCCGUUUUUUGUUUUGAUAGAUUGUAGAUAAUCCUUUUCUCUAUUCUUCUUUUGACUAUAGGAUAAAAUAUGAACACUUCAUAACUAAUCUCAGCUGAAUGAAGUAAACAGUUUUUCUUGUAUGACUUACACAUUUUAUUCGAAUUUCAUAUAAGCUGUCAAACACUAAACAUUGACAUUAAUCAAAAUGCCAUUGUUGCUCGAAAUUUGGAACUUUAUUUGUGUGGUUUGUAAAAUGCAAACUUCAUAAUCAUAUUAACUUAGGUCAAUCUUUAACAAAUAUUAUUCUAAUAUCGCGACUUAUAUAUUUCAUGCUCCUUUAUAGUUUCCUUUGUGAAUAUGUGAAAUAAAAAAUAUAUAAAUGGUCA